CCAAGUACAUUGGUGUGUUCGAUCCUGGCGAGUAGGAAAUCGAGCUGCCUCUCCGGACGUUCGGACCACGAGAGAGUGGGGACGAGUUUUGCAGACAGCUCAGGUGAACUGUAAGGAGCCUCGAUCUUUCCCUGAACGCGGGGUGUGGUCUGGGAGAAGUGUUUAAAGAGCCAAACGCGAGAGGGCUGCAGCUGUUGGUUUGGACAGUGGAAAGGAUGGCCGAGGAGCCCAAAAUCGAGCUGUUCAUUAAGGCCAGCGAUGACGGUGAGAGCAUAGGAAACUGCCCCUUCUCCCAGCGUCUGUUCAUGAUCCUCUGGUUAAAGAGAGUCAACUUCACCAUCAACACAGUAGACAUGAAGAGGAACCCAGAUGUAUUAAGAGAGAUUGCCCCAGGGAGUCAGCUGCCCUUUCUUAUCUACAAUGGUGAACUCAAGACGGAUAAUAACAAAAUUGAGGAAUUUCUAGAGGAGGUUCUUGCUCCUCCCAAGUAUCCUAAACUGGAUGUCAGAUACAAGGAGUCCAGGACUGCUGGCGAUAACAUCUUCCAGAGAUUCUCAGCUUACAUUAAGAAUCCACUUCUUGAAAAGCACGAAACUUUGGAGAAGUUGUUCCUGAAAGCACUUUUGGAGCUGGAACAAUAUCUGAACACACCUCUGCCAGAUGAGGAUAGCUCUCGCCCUUCAGAGAGAUUAUUCCUGGAUGGAAAUGAGCUGACAUUGGCAGACUGCAACCUCCUACCUAAACUCUACAUUGUUAAGGUUGUAUGCAAGCAUUAUCGGAACUUUACUAUCCCGAAGCAACUUGCAGGCCUGUGUAGGUAUCUGAAAAAUGCAGAAAAACAUGAAGAGUUUGUGAAUACCUGCCCCAAUGAGGAGGAGAUUAAACUGGCAUACAGAAAUGUUGUUAAAACAUUAGUAUAGAUUUGGUUUCUAGAGGUGGAUUGGAGAUCAUGGGUCUGUUUUAUGCUGAUAAUUAGACUACCAAGCUUUAAAGCAAUGCAGCAUUCUUGCAUACAAAUCUCACUGUUCAUAUUGGAUGUUGUGUUUCCGAAGCUUCCAUUCUUAAAGGGGCACUGGGGCCUAUUGAAAAUCCAGAUCCCCAAAAUACAGAGGAGACAUUUUGUUAGAAUGACUAGUUCCUGUAGGUCUAUCAUUCGUGAGAUUGCUAGAGUAUGGGAAUUGUAAAAUACAUAAUUCAUCCCACUCCACGCAGUAAAGAUUUCAUGGAAUUUUUGGCAAAAUUUUCUUUAGAUCUUUGGUGUGCUCUUAAAAUGAAGCUUCAAAUGAUCUGAAAUUAACUUUAUAGACAGGCAAAGCAUAAGUGAAAUCUCCUUAGCUUAAUUGAUACUAAGUUGUACCUUCCGACAAAGUAAAGCUAUGAUUUAUUUUUAAUAAAUCUGUAUUUGGUGGGAGAAUUACAGGCCUGAAGGAUGUGACUAAGGAAAGCGGCAAUACUAAUUAAGAUGAUACAAUAAGUUUGUGGAAAGCUAUCCAUUCUUGGAGAACCCUGAAAACAGUUUUAAAGUUCUUGUAGUUCCAAUACUACAAAAGAUUGAUAGAAGUGAAACAAAAUUAGAUAAAUUAGACUCACUAGAGGUUGAGAGAUAUAAAAGAAGUAUACUCUGAUAUCAAAUUUAAAUAACAUUUACCUUUUGCUUUUGGUGAAAUCCUAAUUGUACUCACUGGAGAGCAAUGAUACAGACAAACUAACAGCUGAUUACACCAGUACAGACCCAUCAAAGAAAAUCAAGCAUUGCAUUUAGAGUGUUGAUCAAGCACAUAUUCUGCAAUAUGGUUAAUCAAUAAUUAAAUUCAUAAUUAAAAUCUGCCUCAGUACUUUAUAUCAGAUUUCAUACUCCUUGUGUCUGUGUAUGUUUAAACACAUUUAAGUACAAUUUAAAUUAGGUUGUGGUGAAACAUAAUUAUAACUAAUUGCUAGCAGACAAAAUUCUUAGCAUUUCUGUCACAGAUUGAGAUUUGGGUACUGCUUAAUUCUCUUUUCUGUUGAGUUUUAUCAAUUCCGGGAGAGCAAUGUGUUCUCAGUGAUUGACUCAUAUGAAGGAUAUCACUACUGUUUUAUAUAAUCUGUUUAUAAACAUCACACGUCAAAUAUUGGCUAUGCAGUUGUCAGUGAAGAAGAAAGCUUUAGACCUCAGGAGGAUGUUGAUGGCCUUUUCAGAAAAGUGGCAAAUGAAGUUUAAUGGAGAAAUGUAAGGUGAUGGAUUGUAGAGGUGCAACAAGGCAAGGUAAUGUACGGUACAUGGAUGAUAUUGAGUAGGAACUGAGGGACUUUGAAAUGCAUGUGCACAGAUCCUUAACAGAAACAAGACAUGGUUGAUAUGGUGGUUAAAAUGUGGAUGGGAUGCUUACCAUUAUGAGCCGAAGCAAAAAAUAUAAGCAAAGGGUAGGGAUUAUGUGAGGGAUAUAUGCAAUCCUUGCUAGACCACAGCUUGCAAACUGUGCACAGUUCUGGUCACCUCAUUACAGGAAAAAUGUGAUUCCACUGCAGAGGAAGCAAAGGGGUACCAUGAGGACGUUGCCAAGACUGGAAAACUGUAAACACGAGAGAAUGCAGGUGCUGGAAUAUGAAGUAACAAACAAUCUGCUGGAGGAAUUCAACGGGUUGAGAAGCAUCUGUGGGGGUGGGAAGGGGGGAGUGCAGGAGGGAAGAGGAAUCGUCAAUAUUUCGAGUCGAAACCCUGCAUCAGGGAUCCUGUUCCUCCAGCAGAUUGCUUCUUGCUCUGGAAAGUUGUAGCUCUGAGGGAAAAAAAAAUGAAAAGACUGGGUUUGCUUUCUUUGGAACGGAGGAGGUUGAGGGAGAUUUAUUUAACGUGUGUAAAAAUAAUGGUGGGCUGAGGUAGAAUAGAAUUUCCCCUUACAUAGGGGUCAAAACCAGAGAGCAUAGACUUAAAGUAAGUAGUCUAAGGGUUAGAGAGGAUACUAUUUGAAGGUCAGGAGGGUGAUUCGACAGUCCUGCUAUGUCAAACGUUGCUUGGUGGAAAUAUUGGAACAUGUAAACUGGUUUUGAUAUUGUGGGAAAUUUGUGAUGCACUGAACACCAAUGUAAACAGAUUAGCAACCAGCACCAUUAAACUGAGCAUGAUCUUAUAGUUACGAAUAGAGUCAUAGACUUGCAGUACAAAAACAGGCUCUUCAGCCCACCCCAUCCAUGCCAAGCAUCAAGUACCCAUCCAUACUCAUCCCAUAUACCAGCACUUACAUGCUGCUAAUAGAAAUCUGACUGUCUUUUUAUAUUGGAAAUUUACUACCCAGUUAGAUUAACCCUCUCUGCUUCGUGUUUGCUAUUACUGCUCUCUGAGUUAAUGCAUCUUAUUUAUCAUAAGUGGUUUUGUCAAAAAUAAGCUAUUUCCAUCAUUAAAAUGAUCCCUAUUGUUCAAUGUACAAGUAGUGCUUCUAUUUGUAAUGCUGGUGAAUCUUAGACCAGUUUCUUUCACUGCAUCUAUGGGGGAUCUCCAUCAAUAUUGAGAAGUUGCAUUGGUUGUCUGAUUCCCAGUGUUGAGUUAUUUUCCUGGGUCCAUGAUGACUAUGCAGCUAUAAUCCCUGGCCUAUUUUACAGUGGCUGAUCUCAACCAAGCCAGUGGUGGAAACCCUUUGUUGUCAAUGACCUAGAUCCAGGGAAGAGUGUUGCCUUUUGAGAGGUUGUAAGUCCAGGGCAGGAUCAUCUGUAUGACCUUGGUCAGAUUGAAUGGUACACUUCCUUAAACUCCUUGACUGCACCUCUCAAACCUCCAACCGCCAUCUGGAUGGACAUUUGGCAACAAUCACAUGGGAACACCACCAGCUCCAAGUUCCACUCCCUGUCAUACUUUCUCCCCGUGAUAUAACUCAUUGGGCCAAAGUUUGACAGAGUCAAAAUUCUGAAAUACCCUACCUAGCAGUGCUGUGGGAUUGUCUUCACCACAAAUACUGAAUCAAUAAAAGAUUCAGUCACACCAACUCUAGGGCAGUUAGUGUGGGCCAAUAAUAGGUGUACGAAGAAUUCCCUUCUCUUUAAUUAUAAAUUGUGCUCAUAUUGCUUUGCAUCCAAUGAUAUUCUCUUGGUAACUAAAUCUGGAAUAUCUUGUAUUUUAGUUGCUUUGCGCUGUAUCUAAUGGACUAAUGAUUUGUAAAAGUAUUACUGAUGUAGUUGAAUUGCUUGCUUGUAAAUAAUGUUAUGAA